AUGACUACAGGCGGAGUCAAGGUCCCACUCAAGGAUCGUCGAGGGUUGCUAGCACAGGUGGUGCUUAUACCCGAAAUCGAAGAUGCUCGAGACUACCUGAAAUUGCGAAAGUAUACCAUCGUAGGUAUCAUUGCCUUUGCGGCUAUUACCGGCCCAAUGGGUACUUCUAUCAUGUUGCCUGCUAUCGACGAUAUUGUGCAAGACUUGAACACUUCUGUUUCUAUGGUGAAUGUUUCUGUGGGUAUAUAUUUGCUUUCUCUAGGAGUGUUUCCACUUUGGUGGUCUGCAUUCAGCGAGAGAAGUGGCCGUAGGUCGGUGUACUUAAUCUCGUUCUCGAUGUUUGUGGCGUUUUCCAUUGGAACUUCUCUAGCACCGAGUAUUUCUGCCUUAAUUGUCUUGAGAGUUCUUCAAGGUGGAUGUUCAGCCUCAGUUCAAGCAGUAGGUGCUGGUACAAUAGCUGAUUUGUUUACUCCUCAAACCAGAGGUACGGCAAUGGGUUACUACUACUUGGGGCCAUUGAUGGGACCAUUCCUAGCUCCGAUUCUCGGAGGUAUUGUGGCACAAGUAUGGGGUUGGAGAGCGACACAAUGGUUGCUUGUGAUCUUUUCUGGAUGUAACUGUAUGCUCAUCUUGUUUCUCUUGCCGGAAACCUUAAGGAAAAGCGACAAUCUCGGCAACAUCAGAGCCAUGUUGGGCCUUGAUAAGCAAGUAACCGACUCGGACGAGAUCCUAGACGAUAUUACAGAAGAUGAAAUAGAGGAAGAGAUACAAAGGCUUGCGACGACAUUGUCGAGAAUAAGCACUAGAAGUGCUCACAUAAACAUUACCGAAGAGGAAGGUCCAGUGAUGGAUCCUGUAAUGCCAACUCUUUCAAGACUAGCAACUAAUAGAACUACCUACUCCAGAAAAGUGGCCCAGGAAAUGAUCGAAGAAGGCUUACGUAGAGAAGCUACACAAUGCACUGCUGUUCCUGAAAAAAGCGACAGAUUUAGCCAUUUUAAGAGUGAGGCAUACGAAAUGACCAUCAGACCAUUGCACUCUCUAGUUUUGCUAAAACAUCCACCAGUUGCUUUGGUAAUUUCGUACUCUGCUAUAUGCUUCGCAGUGAUCUACUUCUUCAACAUGGCGAUUUCCUACGAAUUCGCCCGAGAACCGUAUGCUUUCAAGAGUAUAAUUGUAGGUUUGCUAUACAUCCCGAACUCAAUCACAUACUUGAUUGCAUCCCUUAUCGGUGGCAAAUGGAACGAUCAUUUGCUUUCCAAAUACGCCAAAUCUCAUAAUGGUGAACUUGCGCCAGAAUCGAGAAUCUCAUGGAAUAUCGUCACAGCUGUAAUUCUCUUUCCUCCAGCUUGUUUGAUCUUUGGAUGGACUUUGAAGUACGGUGAGUUCUGGUUCAUUCCUUUGAUCGGUACUGCCCUUUUUGGGUUUGCUUCUAUGUUGGUCAUUGGAGCUACAGUUACAUACUUGGUAGACACUUUGCCUGGAAAAGGUGCAACUGGUGUAGCUUUGAACAACCUUAUUAGACAAAUCUUGGCAGCUGCUGCAACCUUUGUUGUCGAACCAAUCUUGAGAGCGAUUGGUCCUGGUAUUUUGUUUUCCAUAUUGAUGGGAAUAAUGACAGUCGCCUCUGUCACCUUAUUGGUGUUGAAGAGAAAAGGUGAAUACUUUAGAGAGAACUACGAUUUGGGAAAAUUAUACGACAAACUAUAG